CGGUAGAUUACUGAGAUUUCUGUGAAAAUUAUAUUUGGUAAUUUCACUGUGAAACAUAUCAAAUAUAAUUCCAUUCUUUUUCAAGAAGAACUACUUUCAAUAAAUCCCCCCUUGGAUGCCUCAAAUGUACUACAAACUUACUUCCCUUUGACCAAUUUAGAGUAACUUCCCCUACAUUGUUUAUAUAGCAACAUACAUGUAUAAUUUUGACAGUUCGUCUGCAAAUCAAUAAAAUGGCUGAAUCAGAAAUAGAUCCUGACAUUUUGUCAGAAAUAACUGAUAAUUUUUAUGACAAAGAGCCCUUUGGUGAUUUUCAACUGGUGCAAUCAAAUGAGAGAUUAUUCAGAGAAGUAGACCCUGAUAAUUUCUUGGAAAUUAAUGAGAAUGUCAACACUAGAAAGAAGACCAUGUAUGACAUGAAACUUGUUAAUGCCUUCCUUAUGUCAAAAAAUGAGACAAGACUGGUACAGUUUAUACCUCCUGAUGAAUUAAACAGCCAUCUCUGUAAUUUCAUCCUGGCAGUUACCAAAAAUGAUGGUUCCGAGUAUGAACCCACUACCCUUCGAGGGUUUUUAGGAUCAGUUGAUAGACAUUUACGGAGUGUUGAUAGACCUGUCUCAAUCUUUCGGGAUAAAGAAUUCUCUAAAACAAGAGCUGUCUUAAAAAUGAAACAACAAGAGUUAAAAAAGAUUGGACUAGGAAAUAAGCCAAAAGCAGCAGAAACGCUGGAUGAAUGGAUGAUUGCGAAAAUGCAUGAAGCCGGAACACUUGGAACAACAAAUCCACGAGCUCUUCUCCACUCCAUGUGGUUUAUAUGUACUACAUACUUCGGUAUGAGAACCGGUAAAGAAAUCCAUCAACUUUGCUGGGGUGAUGUAAAACUCAGUUUGGAUGAAGUCAGUGGCACUGAAUACAUAAUCCUCGACACAGAAAGACAAACCAAGACCAGAACUGGGGAAAAUCCCAGAAAUAUACGGGCUGUGAAACCAAGGGCUUAUGAAAACCAAGAGAAUCCAGAGAGCAAUCCUGUAUAUAUUUACAAGGUUUUCGCUUCUAAAAGGCCAGUUGAGAUGUGCACUGAUGACAGUCCAUUUUUCUUAACACCUGGAACUAAGGCUACGAAAUGUUGGUUUAAGAAGUGUGCCAUGGGUAUCAACUCCAUAUACAAUAUCAUGAAUGAAAUGAAAAAAGAUGCAGGAAUUGAUAACCCUAGAAUCACACCAUACAGUUCAAGAAAGCGACUUAUUCAGAAAUUAAGUGAUGAUGGUGUUCCAGCAAACCAAAUAAUGCAGAUAUCAGGGCAUAAGAAUGUAAAUAGUAUCAAUAACUACAGUAAACUUAACCCAGAUCAAAGCAGACAAAUAUCAGACAUCCUGUCCAACAAAUCUACAUGUACCAAUGCAAUCAGUUUGGUAAGACCUGCCACAGCUACAGCGAGCAAUCCAGCCUCAGCGUUAGAACUUACUCAUGGUGCUGCAACUAAUUCGAAUGGAAAUUUCCCACCCGGUUUCUUCAUAAAUUCAAAUAUACAUGGAAAUGUUAUUAUAAAUAUGGGAAGCAAGACGGAAAGUCAACAGCUAUCGCAAACAAAUCAUCUUCAAUAUUCAGGUCAUCACACACCUAGCCCAGCAUCACCAAAUAUUGAAAGUCCACGCCAGAGGCCAUUUAAACGAAUUAGAUAUGUUGUAGAUAGUGACAGUGACUGAGCAGGCUUAAUAACCCACAGUCAUGACAGUUGUUUGAAUAAAAGACUGACUGACAAGUUACAUGUAUUACUAUAUUCAUCUGGUUACUAAUUGCAUAACUUGAAAGACUAGUGCUUCAUGGUAUGACUGUUGUAAAAUGAUGACUGAAACAGUUGUUGGUUUUGUUAAUAAGUUAAAUUUUGUUAAUUUUCAUGUUUCAUUGUUCAGAGAAAAAUUAUUAAUUAAACACAUUUACAGUGAAUUUAAUAAACUUUUAAAUAUUAAUAUAACUUUCAAAAAUGUUAUUUAAAAAUUAUUGAUCUCAGAUCACAAUUAUAUGAUAAAUUAAAUACUUCAUAUACGUUGUAAAUAAUAUACAAAGAGAAGAAAAAUAUUAAAAUUUGUGCAAUUGUUGAAAUUGAUGUUUGUUUUUGUGAGUUCCAGUUCAACUGUUGCAACCCUUUGGUGUUAAAUAGAGAGUAUUUGUUUGUUUUGCAUGUAAGAUUAAAAUAUAUUUGACAAAGUGAACAUCGGAUCAAUGCAACAUUUUCACAAAAAGUGUUCUCCCCCAUAUUCAUGAAUUUGGAAAACUUCGCCAAAAACAUUUUUCUAGUAGAUCUAAUUUCUGUAAAUUCCAGAGUUAAUUUGUCUUAUUGUCGGUAAAUUAUAUUUUAUUCAUGUUUUUAUUUAAAAUAAAAUUGAACAAUAGUUCUUCUUGAAUAAAUGAUAGACAAAAAUCAUUGUCAUGAUGCUCUAGAGUUGAAAGUAAAAUAAAAUUUAAUUAUUUUCACAGUGAAAAGUGAAAUUAUGAAAUAUAAUUUUCACUAUUGUCAUGAUUGUUGGACUUUAUCUAAAUGCAAAUGAAAUGAAUUAUAUCAUUUAUUACUAAAUGGAAUUAUCCAAAGAAAUAAAUUUGUAAAUAUUGCUU